AUGAAAGCGGGAAACGCCACCAAGGUGACGGGAUUCCUGCUGCUGGGAUUCUCGGAGGUCCGGGAGCUGCAGCUGGUCCACGCCGCGCUGUUCCUCCUGGUCUACCUGGCGGCCCUGACGGGGAACCUCCUCAUCGUCGCCGUCACCGCCCUCGACCGGCACCUCCACACGCCCAUGUACUUCUUCCUCGGGAACCUGUCCGUCCUCGACCUCUGCCUCGUCUCCAUCACCGUCCCCAACUCCGUCCACAACUCCCUGAUCAACGGCAGAGCCAUCUCUCUAUGGGGCUGUGUGGCUCAGGUCGUUUUGGUGAUUUCGUUUGCUUUCUCGGAGCUGACCGUCCUCACGGCCAUGUCCUACGACCGCUACGCCGCCAUCUGCCUCCCCCUGCGCUACGAGGUCAUCGUGGACCGAGGGGCCUGCGGGAAGCUGGCGGCCGCCUCCUGGCUCGGCGGGGGCCUGUUCGGGGCGAUGUACACAGCCGGGACGGUGAGGCUGAGCUUCUGUGGCUCUAACCUCAUCCAGCAGUUCUUCUGCGACAUCCCUUCCUUACUGAAGAUCUCCUGUUCCGAAACGCACGUCGUCAUCGACGUCAGCGUGGCCACCGCCUUUACCCUGGCUUUCGUCUCCUUCGUCUUCAUCGUCGUCUCCUACGUGCGCAUCUUCGGGGCCGUGCUGAGGAUGCCGGCCUCCGAGGGCCGGGCCAGGGCCUUCUCCACCUGCCUGCCCCACCUCGUCGUCGUCACCGUCUUCCUCUCCACCGGGGCCGUCGCCUACCUCAAGCCCGUGUCGGACUCCCCGUCGUCCCUGGACCUGCUGGUGUCCGUGUUCUACACCACGGUGCCCCCGGCCCUCAACCCCCUCAUCUACAGCCUGAGGAACCGGGACGUGAAGGCCGCCCUGGGGAGGGUCCUGAGGGGGCAUCGGUUCCUCCGGAAUAAAGCCUCCCUCUUUUUGACCUGACAUUUGCCCCCAGAAUCUUUCCAACCCCCCUGGUUGUGAACUGUGCUGUACAAAGUGAUCUCCUUCCCUGGAGAUCAAUCUGCGGUCAGGCCGUGAACCCUGCUCACGCAUCUGGGUGCUUAGCAAAUAGCAUCGUGAUCCUUAGUGUCAUUAUUAGGAGUAACAUUACUGUCCCUGGGAAUGUACACUGAUAGUUGUAUCGAGUUCCGCCCAGGAGAACGACAACUAGCCAGGCCGGGGCCCACCUUAUCGACGCCCUUAGCGACAACCGAUCACGGAGGGACCAGUGGACGGACGGCCGCCCGUAGUCCCGAGACCCCCAGAUUAUCAGCAGCCCCGGCGGGGGUGAAUUGCCGGCCGCCGGCCGCGGCCUCGAAACCCAACACCCACCCUCGCCGAAGACCUCUUCGGCCACGGAGUGUCCGCCGGAUGACCCAAAGCCGAUGGUGAAGGAGCUCGGCCUGUGCCGAGAGGCCGGUGAAGAAAACGACAGACGGGGACGGAGCGGCAGGCCGUACGCCGAUCCGGCCCGCGAACCGAUAGGACUUGAUGGGAGGGGUCGGACGAGAGGGAGGGACGGGGCUCUGCGUCUCCCGGGGAAGCGGGACCGGCGGGAAACGUAAGGACGGGCUCAUCCUCACUUCUUCGUCUUUGGCUACCAAACAGCCACCGACCUUUCGU